CGACCAUAUUCGCUGUUUUCGACUUUGGUUGAUACGAUCAAGGCCGCGAAAAGUAGUGACAGCAUCGAAGAUGCUUCGCGUAGCCCAACGCCACGGAAGCGAAUGUCAUCAGUGGUCGCGGAAAAGGUACCUGGUGGCCGUCGUCUUUCUGGGAUAAUAUCAAAAAUGCGUAGCCGUGAAAACAGCCUGCAUUGCGGUCCUCCACAGCAGCGUUACGCGAACGGUGACUUGUUCUGGAAUCCGUUUGAAAAUGAAAACGCGGAGUACGAUGAGGCUCAGCAGCUGUUGACGCCGGAACGAUCACCUCGUUAUGAAAGUAAUGUCCGACGCGUUUCGAGCCCCAGUUCGAUGAGUGACGAUUACUCGCGCUAUCGUAUGUUCAAAAACUUUUGA